UACAAAAGUUAAAAAAAAGUUUAAAAAACUUCAAAAAAUUUAAAAUGUCUACUGCUGCAGCAAAUUCUCCGACUACUACUCCGACUCAGCAAAAUGCUAAAAAGGGAAUUUCCAAGAAGGCGCAAAAGCCGAAGUCUCCAAAGGCAUCGAAGAAACCAAAGUCGCCAAGCGAUCAUCCUCCAUACAAAUCUAUGAUCAAAAAGGCAUUGGAUGAAUUGAAGGAAAAGAAGGGGGCUAGCCGUCUUGCAAUCCUGAAAUUUAUUAUGUCGCAUUACAAACUUGGAGAGAACCCGGCAAAGGUAAACGACUUUAUUUUAGAAUUUCAAGUUUAAAUAUUUCAACUUUUGUAGAUCAACGCCCAUCUGAAGCAAGCUUUGAAAAGAGGUGUUCAGACUGGCUCUCUUAAGCAGACGAAGGGUAUUGGCGCAGCUGGAUCUUUUAUUCUUGGAGAAGGAAAGGCAAUCAAAAUUGUCUCGAAGUCGGUUUCGCCAAAGAAGGCUAAAGCAAAGACUGCCGGAGUGAAGAAGCCAGCUGUUAAGAAAGCAACACCAAAGAAGAAGGUUUCUGGAAAGAAGGCUGCCCCGGCAAAAGCAAGUCCUGCUGCUGCAAAGCCUGCUGCUGCUCCAACUCCUGCAGUUGUUGCGCCUACAUCACCAGCAGCUAAGAAGACGGUCAAGCCUAAGGCAAAAUCGGCAAAGAAGGGAAAAUCUCCGAAGAAGUCUGUCGCAAAGAAGUCUCCAAUUAAA